UUUAAAAAAAUCAAUUAAAUUACAACAACAACAACAAUCACAUCAUUCACAUCAUCAACAACAACAACAACGAUAUACAUUAUCAGUACAUAUGGUCAAAAUGACUAUUAAUGGUUGGUAUUAUGAACCGAUGAUCAAUAAUUAUCCGGAUGUAAAACGUAUGGCAAAAGUUCGUCGAAAAUUAUCGCAAAGAAAUUUUAAUCCAACAUUUUGUUGUAAUCGUAUGAUUGAUGCAAUACGUUCAUAUGCAUAUCGUAAUGGUAUUGUUUAUUUUGGUAAAAAUGCAUAUAAUUAUGAUGAUAGUUCAAGAAAAAAAUCCCGUAAACAUAAAUAUCAUCGUCAACAACAACAUCAACAUCGAAAAAGUUUGAAUGUAAGUAGUAAAAGUACAAGUAGUGAUGGUGCAUUAAUAUGGCAACCAGAUUCAAAAGAAUGUAUUAAUGUUAUUGUAAAAAUUUUGAAAGAUGUAAAAGAAAUAUUUAAACAAGAUAAUAUUGCUAUUAUUGAUGUACAAACACCUUGUUUUGUAAUUGGUGAUUUACAUGGUAAUUUACAUGAUUUAUUAGUUUAUGAUCAUACUAUUAUUAAUCAUCGUGGUUAUGAAUCAUAUUUAUCAACAACAAAUUAUCUAUUUCUUGGUGAUUAUGUUGAUCGUGGUGAUUAUUCAAUUGAAUGUAUAUUAUAUUUAUUUUGUCAAAAAAUACAAACACCACAUCGUAUACAUAUGCUGCGUGGUAAUCAUGAAUGUCGUUCAUUACAAAAAGAAUUUACAUUUUUUGAUGAAUGUAGACAAAAAUUUGGUGAUCAUUUAGCUGAACAAUUAUGGAAUUUAAUUAAUGAAGUUUUUGAUCAUAUGCCAUUGGCAGCAAUUAUUGAUGAUUCUAUAUUCUGUUCACAUGGUGGAAUACCAUCAUGUGCGGAAAAAUUAGAACAAAUUGCCGCAAUAAAAUUACCAAUGAAAGAACCAGAAUUAGAAUCAAGAAUAGCACAUGAAAUAUUAUGGAAUGAUCCGGUUUCGGAUCAAGAAUAUCGUGAUCUAUUACAAAAUACACGUUCAAUGACAACAAUGAUGGCUGUUUUAAAUCAUAAUCAAAAAAAUCCAAUGAUUAUGCAAAACAAAAAUAAUAAUGAUAAUAAUGUAGAAGAUUUGGAUAAACAACAAAAACAACAUCAAAGUGGUGAAAAAAAAGAUUCUACAACAGCAGUAAAAAAAUCACCAUCAGAUUUGAAAAAAAAUGAAGAAGGUAAAAAAAGUAGUAGUCCUAAACAACAACAACAACAACAACAAUCGAAUCAAACAUUAAAAUGGAAAAGUGGUUUUCUACCGAAUACUAAACGUGGUACAGCAUGUUAUUAUAGUGAAGAAGCAUUAACAAAAUUUUUAGAUGAUAAUCAUCUUAGUCAUUUAAUUCGUGCACAUGAAGUUAUACCACCGGGUUAUCAAUAUCAUAUGGGUGGCCGUUGUUUAACAAUAUUUAGUUGUUCAAAUUAUUGUGGUGGUAUUAAUGAAUCGGCUGUUUGUUUAAUUAAUGAUCAAAAAAUUCGUGUUAUAAAAAUCGAUACAAAUACGGCAACAAUGAAUUCAACAUCGGUGGUUAAAAGAAAAACAACACCACCACCACAAUCAAAUACGGAUGAUGAUGAUGAUGAUAGUAGUACGGCUGAAGAAGAAACGGAAGAAGAAACAGAGGAUGAUGAAGAAGAAGAUUGACAGAGAGAUGUGUAUAGAAA